CCAACUUGUUGAUUUCGAUUCCGCUGGCCGUCUCUAGCCGACACCGGAGUCUUAGUAUCACGUGUCGUUUCUGUUAGCCGUUGUCUUUUCCCGAGAUUCUCUCUUCCCGCUGAUUGUGGUCUGUUAUCAUCUCAUCACCGUCAUAACCACUGCUCUUUCCAAAGAGAAAAACAGCAGGUUACGAAGUCAUAAAGCCGACACAGCCAUAUCCCCUGUGUCUCUCCGUUCUCUGUCACUACAGCUGGAGAUCCUGAACUGCUCUGCUGGUCCUCUGAUUCUACUGAGCACCUCACCAACUCGCCCGAAUUCUCAUUAAUUCGCACUGAAUUUCUGUGGAGAUACUGAGAGAGAAACAAGUGAUAACGACUUUUCUGAGCCCCCAAAAUCAGCAGCUCCGAGACUGGCAUCCAUAGUGUCACACUAGCCUGUCGUAUCCACAGCCAUUUCCCUUGAGUCUUGUCUAGCAGUAUCUGUUUUGGCUCCCUAACCAUCAGUCUUCUGGCACUCUCUAUAGUGGCUCUUCCGUUCCCGCGUCUCCUAAAAAAUCCUGGACGGUUCUUUUUUUUGUGCGAGUAUCCAUCUUCGUUUUUUUGGACUUCUUUUUCUUACAAAUCGGAGCAUUACUUUCAUAUUCACUAUCCUCAUACUACAUCCACUUCGUUGGCAUCCUGGUUAUCAACCACGUUGACUACUUACCUACUAUAACUGGUUUUCUUAACGAUACUCAUAUCUCAUAGUUAACUACCAUAGCUUUCUACUGAUUACACCAAGGUAACUCUCAGUUCUUAUUCAUUUUCAUUUAUCAUCAAAACUACACACCCCUAUUCCUACCACUUCCUACAACAUGAGCUCAAAGUCCGCUGCUGCCAUCUUGCAACGACAAUUCAAAGAACUCACCGACCCCAAAAAGGCUAUCCCCUCCUUCCACAUAGAGCUCGAUGACGACAACAUCUUCCUCUGGAACAUCGGCAUCAUGGUGCUCAACAAAGACUCCAUGUACCACGGCGGCUAUUUCAAGGGCCAGAUGCGGUUCCCAUCGGAUUUCCCCUUCGCACCGCCCACCUUCAGGUUCACGCCGGCCAUCUACCAUCCCAACGUUUACCGUGAUGGCCGUUUGUGCAUCUCCAUUUUGCACCAGGGUGGAGAUCCCACCUCGGACGAACCUGAUUCCGAGACGUGGACUCCAGCCCAGACAGUUGAGAGUGUUUUGAUCUCGAUUGUAUCGCUUUUGGAGGAUCCAAAUGUCUCUUCUCCUGCCAAUAUUGACGCCUCUGUGGAGUUCAGAAAGAACCCAGAAGCCUACAAGAAGAAGGUGUUGCACGAAGUUGAAAGAUCGAAAGCUGAUAUUCCAGAAGACUUUAUCAUGCCUGAGUCGGAAUUUGCAGCCUACAGCAGCAGCUCUGCUAAGGCCAGAGAGCACGAACACGAACCUGUCGACGAAGACUUCUGGUACGACAGCGAGGAGGAAGAAAGCUUUGAUGAGGAAAGCUUGAUGGACGACAUGGACGACCGUGAAGAGGACGACGAUGAAGAAGAGGAGGAAGACGACGAUGUUGAUAUGGUAGCAAAGUAGAAAAGCUAUAAGAGCUUGCACGGUAUCUAAGUUUUUUAAUCUUUAUGAAUUCUAAGAUUUUUAGGCUUGUGGUACUUCCAAUAACUUCAUAUCACCAUAUGUUAUUGUACUGAGAUCAGAGUGGUUUUCCACGGUUUUAAUUUCUUCUUUGUCUAAUUUCUCCUUGUUAUGUUCCUCAUGUCGGUUAAUGUUCCUUAAUGAAUCUUUCUAUUGUUCCUUCCAUAUUAGUGGUUGUGGAUCUAUUCCGGUCUCUUGCCGCAGUCGGCUUCCCAUUGCAUCUUUUUGUUAAACUACACGUCAUAAGCUUGUUUCGUCUAUCAGAUACUUAUAUACCCAGAAAAUGUAUAAGAAGAUAAG